AUGUUCACUUUAAACAGCGGUCGCUCGCAGGAAUCACUGCCAUUGUGGAUUCGUCUCAUUAUUCACAUGCUUCGUAUAUGGCUUUACGUGUAUGACUGUCUAAGCAAUGUAUUGUAUGAGUUGUUCAGUCCACCUAUUGCCAGGUUAGAGCGAAGUGAACGGAUUAAGGCAAGACCAAUGAAGAAUGCAGGUAGUCCAUGGUGCAAUGUAGACGGUCCUGUAAGAGAGGAUUUUCCGGGAAAAGAUACGGUUGAUAAAUUGUUUACGCAUGCAGCGAAAUUAUAUGGUGACAAAGCAGCCUUGGGUACUCGCGAAUUGUUGGAAGUACACGAAGAAGAGCAACCUGAUGGACGUGUAUUUGAAAAGUGGGUAAUGGGUAAAUAUAAAUGGGAAAGUUAUACCGAAAUCCAUGACAAAAUUGGUCGGAUUGCUUCAGGUCUAAAAAAUAUUGUGCGGAAUGAUUGCCGGGCGGUUAUUUUUGCGGAAACUCGAGCUGAUUGGCUUAUUACUGUAUUAUCACUUUUCCGCAUUAACGUACCAGUUGCUACAGUUUAUGCAACACUAGGAGAGAAGGCAAUAAUUCAAGCAAUGAAUGAAACGGAGGCCACACUACUGGUGACAUCUGCUGAAUUGUUGACAAAAAUUUCAAGAGUAAGAAAGAAAAUACCAAAGUUGCGUUGGUUAGUGUAUUUCCGCCCCUUGCAACCUGUGAAGAAAAUUAGCAACAUGGAUAUCAUCAAGGAACAAUUCGAAAAUGUUGUUUCAUUGGAUGAAUUGAAAACAUAUGAAAACAAAGCUCCAGAGGUUUCACCAGCUAAGAGAGACGAUACAGCCAUGAUAAUGUAUACCAGUGGUAGUACUGGAACUGCUAAGGGAGUCAUCAUCACGCAUUAUAACAUGGUAUCAUCGGUAGCUGGGCUGGGAGCUGGCAUAAGUAUCAUCCGCGACACCGACACAUACAUAGGAUAUCUUCCGCUGGCACAUAUUUUGGAGGUGACAGCGGAAUUGACAUGUCUGAUUCGAGGUUGUCGUAUCGGUUAUUCGAGUCCAUCUACACUUCAAGAUCGCGGCGCUAAAAUUAAACCAGGUACAUAUGGAGACUGCUGGGCGCUAAAGCCCACACUUAUGGCAAUAGUACCG